CAGACAGAGGAGCAGAGCCACGCGACACAGGAUGGUCAGGUGUUGGGAACGUUCACAAACCGCUUUGGAGGACUCAUCAUGCACGGAUGGAUCACCAACUGUGUCACCCCAGUUCCCCCACAAAGCAUUCUGGGCCAUCGUGUCGGCCACUCUACUGCUGGUGCUCAUAGCCCUGAGUCUGACGGGACACUUAGGGCUGUCACAGCAGCACACACAGUCUCUCCAGGUCGUCAGGAUCACAGCGCCAGAUCUGACUGGUUCUCUGGUCAACCAAUCAGCUCUGGUGGACCGACAAAACGACCUGGUGACAAUCUCUGUGAGCUCACAGAACAACCACACCUCCACCGUGCUCUUUGACAUCAAACACGGUGUGGUCUGCUACAAGCCUGAUAACCAGGAGACAUGCUUCCUCCGCAACAUGGAGAAGUCAGAUUAUGAAAACAUGAAUUCUCUCCUCCUGGACUCAACAAAGAAGGAAAGUCACCUGCUGUUGUCGGGGAACCACACCCAGAGGCAGACUGAGUUCCUGGGGGUGCUGGGGGGCCGGCAGGUGGACCCGUCCUCCCUGGAGCAGCCCUUCCAGGCCCUGUGUCAGAACAGCGCCAUCUACUGGACCCGUAGAGCAGACGGCCCAGCGAAACAGAGACUGGUUUACUUCUGCAUUGACAUCUGUUUCCCAAGCAACAUCUGUGUCUCUGUGUGUUUCUACUACCUGCCAGAGUGAUCCCCCCCCUCCCCCCAUGCUCCUCUCCUCACUAGGAGCAACAUUCCAUACCAGUUAAUAUCAGGGAACAAUAACCUCCCUCUCAUCCCGGCUAAGCCCAAGUGCCAGCUUUCCAAA